UUCUUACGGGCACCCUGCCGUCACCAUUGCCCCACUGUGAUCCGGUGAUGUUCCCGUGGCCAUUUUGGUCUCGGGCGGCCCCGAUAAGGGAGGCGGAGUGUGCAGAACCGAGGAGGGCCAAACACGCGGAAGUGACGCAAGGCGCCGCCAUGUCUUUUGAGGGCGGUGACGGCGCCGGGCCGGCCAUGCUGGCUACGGGCACGGCGUGGAUGGCGUCGGGGCGCCCCGAGGAGCUGUGGGAGGCGGUGGUGGGGGCCGCUGAGCGCUUCCGGGCCCGGACAGGCACGGAGCUGGUGCUGCUGACCGCCGCGCCGCCCCCACCACCCCGCCCGGGCCCCUGUGCCUAUGCAGCCCACGGCCGUGGGGCCCUGGCCGAGGCUGCCCGCCGCUGCCUCCACGACAUCGCCCUGGCCCACAGGGCUGCUGCCGCCGCCCGGCCCCCCGUGCCCCCACCAGCACCACAGCCGCCCAGCCCUGCGCGGAGCCCACCCCGGCCUACCCUGCCCAGGGAGGAGGACGAGGAAGAGGAGGACGAGCCGACAGAGACUGAGACUUCUGGGGAGCGGCUGGGUGUCAGCGAUAAUGGAGGGCUCUUUGUGAUGGACGAGGAUGCCACACUCCAGGACCUGCCCCCCUUCUGUGAGUCGGACCCUGAGAGCACAGACGAUGGCAGCCUGAGCGAGGAGACCCCUGCUGGCCCCGCAGCCUACUCAGUGCCCCCAGCCUCAGCCCUGCCCACACAGCAGUAUGCCAAGUCCCUGCCCGUGUCCGUGCCCGUCUGGGCCUUCAAGGAGAAGAGAUCAGAAGCACGGUCAUCGGAUGAGGAGAAUGGGCCGCCCUCUUCGCCGGACCUGGACCGCAUCGCGGCGAGCAUGCGCGCGCUGGUGCUGCGGGAGGCCGAGGACACCCAGGUCUUCGGGGACCUGCCGCGGCCACGGCUCAACACCAGCGACUUCCAGAAGCUGAAGCGGAAAUACUGAGGCCCAGGGAUAGCGCUUCCUGGCCCAGCGUCCGCCCCGCCCCACAGUACACCCCUGCCCCGCCCCCCGGGGCGGGCCAAUCCGAGUCAGACCCGGGACCGGCCUCUCAGGUCCCCGGGGUCCCAGGAUUGCCCCUUCCCUGCCAAUCCCCG